AUGCGCGAUGGAAACAAGACAUGCCUCCGGUUUUAUUGAUCGUGAUAACUAAAGCGCAUCGAAGUUAUGUGUACCUUAAAACUAUAAGUAUGAUUGAAAAGUGUUUUCUUGACGGACACAGCAUGUGAAUUUUUUGUGAAUGUUGUUUUUCUGCAGCGUCAGGGAUUACAUAGGCUCCAAGAUGUCGAAGUUGCCGGGUCCUUCAAGGAUUCCAACGUUUGGAACCCGCAUCCCACAGCCAGGAUCGGCCUUCAAAUCGAACCAGGACAUCGAACCACCUCCCAUCACGCCAGCAGAUGUCGGUAGGCGCGUCCUCGCCGCCGGUAAAGUAGGAACUCUCCGCUUCGUCGGCAAAGUCCACUUCGCGAGCGACGUGUGGUGCGGUAUCGAACUAGACGCGGAUGUCGGUAAGAACGACGGCUCGAUAGAGGGCGUCCGGUACUUCACUUGUUCUCGAGGCCGCGGCUUGAUGACGCCACUGUCCAAAGUUUCCAUCCUGAACGACAGUCGCAUGGUAAAAUCGGACAGUUCCUUCUCGAUCUCCGGCCGCCCCCACCUGCCCAGAUACGAAACGUUCGAUCUGGACGAGUUGAUCGAUACGAACUCGCUAGAUGGCGCGACGGUUGAAGAUAGGGGUUCGUACGUGGGUCGACAGGACCGCACGCAGCCCAACGUGUUGAGGAGGGGUAAGACUUUCGAUCAGGGGAAGAGGAAAGAUGAUGCGUUCACGAAUAAUACGCAGGCUUCUGUAUAUGAUAACAAUGAGAAUAGACUGAAAAGGAGCGAAUCUUAUGUAAAUAAUAAUAUUUUAAAGAAACGUGGUUCCAUAUUGACCCAAAACGCAGAUAGGAAUUUUUGUAGUCCCGAAAGCGAAAUAACCGAUUCCCCUAGUAAAACCUCAACUCCCGUCGCUUCAACUUCUAGGUUUAAUAUUAAAAGUACUGAGGAAACUGUGGAAACUAGGACGAUUAAUCAGAAAUUUUGGGAUGGCAAUGAACGGAUGAAUAUUUUCCGGACUAAGGAGAAACAGGGCCAAACCAACGAAUCUACGAACGCUGAAAACGGCGUAAACGAUGAUAGUAACGUAGGAGAACCGAAACUAUGCGAUAGUAAAGACCAUUCGGAGCACCAAAACAUUAGGACGUUCCUGUUCAAUUCUCAAGAGGAAGAGAACAAACGAGACUCCUUGGACCUCGACGAAUCUCUGGGUAUACUCACGUUGAGUCAAAUGAAUGACGGUUUCUCAACAGCGGACUCCGCCUUCGCUCUGGAUGAUAUGUCCGAACAUAAGAACUUCGCCUCAGCACUGCCAAACUCCAAUUUCGAUUUGAUGCUUCAGGAGAACGUGACUCUGAUCAGUGAAACGACGAUAAAUCUCGAUCUUACCUUGGACAUCACCGAUAAGUCGAAGAGUUUCCAUUUCACGCGUUUGGAGGAGACGCCUUCUCCCGAAGAACUGCCCUUAGAUCCCAUACCGAUAGUGGGGAUCGAGCCUAAGGCCGAAGGCUCUAAAUCGAAGUCGAACUGUUUCAUCACGAGCAUCACGAGUAUAACGAGCCUUGAUACUGGAUAUCAAGGAGAUGGGGAGAUGUCCAGACCUGGGAGUCGCGGAGCUGAUAAUUCUCCUUUGACCAGGAGGCCUCUACCCAGACCUCCCAGGAGGGCAGAUGCGAUGACAGAUUCAGAUUUUUUCACAGAAAGUGACGCUGAUAUUCACGACGAGAAUAUCGUCAAGGGGGACAGAAAGGCUCAAAUCAUUGAUGGAACGUUGUAUGGCGUGGACCCACAAGCCGCCGCUGACAUAUACGUCAACAACAGGGAAAACAUGGACUCUAGCGGCAUCUUCACCGACAUAGAAUCGAACACACGAGCCGAGGAGUUAUUGAUGGACGAAAAAAUAGACAUUUCCCCUAGCGAUACUUCGACUAAAACCCUAUCGGAAAACAGCCAAAACAACGUGCAAGAAAUCAUCGCCAAGAACGAAGCUAAGAAGAAAGACGCCCCUACGGAAAACGCCAAAAAACGUGCCACUCCAAGCCCCGCCAUAUCCAACACUUCGAGUACCGUGUCUCCCCGUCAUCUGCCAAGGGAUGAUUCGAUCAAGAAGUACAAGACGUUGAAGAGGGAGGUCCAGUCCAAGGUUAAGACUCUUCUAGACAAUAAUAACGCGAACAAACAGGAGAAGAAGACGUUCAAGAAACCUGCCGGACGAUGGGACGCUGUCAUGAACAAAAUUUCGAAAAGCGACAGCAAAACCAACUUCCAGGAGGUCAAGUCGAAGGUUUUCAAUGGGGUGGGUUCGAAAUCGAACACUCCUAGUGGCGGCAGGCAGGUCAACAAUCAGAAGUCGCCGAAUAACAAGUUGAGGAGAGUAAGGACAAGGGUCUUGGGCUUACCCCAGCCUCCCAAAAACAGCAAUGGAGAAAGUAUACACAGUUCCAUCAGCGACUUGAGUUCAUCAGUCUCAAAAAAGACUCUCGGUUCUAUCAAGAAGAAAGAUGUACAACAAGUUACACAAGUGCUUACAGCUGCCAAGUUAUCUCCAAAGCCACCACAACAAACAACUGUUACUGAUGCUAAGAGACGUCCUGUAUCUACACCUGAGAAUAAAACAGUCAGAAAAAUUUUCUCCGUCAAGGAGAAGAAGUCAACAGUUAGUAAAGAAAAUGGUAGGAAUACCGUGAAGGGAGCCAGAGCAUCCCCUGUGAUAAGAUCCCCAACCUUGUCAAGGGUGGUCAACAAGCCAGCUCCCAAGACAGUAGAGGCCUUAGCUAUUUUAGUACAGCAUUUAGUUUUUAACGUACAAGCCUUCGAAGUUCCUAAUCUAAAAUCGAAAAUCAAGAGGAUAGAGGAACAACUAUUUCAAGAAAGGCAGAAAAAUGCGAUCUUAUUAGAAGAGGAGAGGAAUAAAUGGCAGGAGGAAAUAGCGCAGUUGGUGAACUCUCACCAAAUUCAAUUAUCCCAAAUUGCAAAUCAGAAUAGCGAGAACGAAGAGAAAUUAACCAAUCAAUAUGAACGAUCCAAGGCGGAGCUGCGCCGGUACUACGAGGAAAAACUCCACGCCUUCAAGAAGGAAUACGAGAAACUCCAUAAGACCCACGAGGAGGCCUUGGACAUCCUGCGGGAGGAAAACGAGGCCAUCAGGGAGGAUAUGGACGAGAAGGAUGUGGAGAUAAAGCGGGAGCAAGAAAAAUGCUCGAAACUGGAGAGAGAUUACGUUGCCAAAGAGAAGUUACUGCACGAGCAGAUAAGUCAGAUAACCAAGGAACACACCAAGUUCAAGCAGGAGUUGGCUGCUUGCAAGGAGGAUGUCAGCAAAUUGGAGGAGGAACGAGCCAGGCUAGUCGAGGAGAACAAGAGAUUGAUUAGUUAUGGAGAAGGCAAGGGCAUUGGAGUGCAGGAGGUGGAGUCAUUGAGAGUUGUACUGGAACUCAAGCAAAGUGAGGUAUCGGACCUGAGAAAAUCCCUGGCUGAGGCCAAUCAGAAAGCUGAACUUCUGGCUGGUUGUGAGGAGAAAGCCUCUUUACUUCAAGCCAGAUGUGAAGAUCUACAAUUGCAGCUGCAGAGAAAAAACGACAUUGAGAUGGAACUACAGACGGAAAACAAGAAACUAGAACAGCUACUCCAGGAGGAGAGCAAACUGAAAAGGAACAUAUCCCUGCGCAACGAGGAGCUCCAAUACAAACUGGAGCACAACAAAGAGGUCAUCACCAAGAUCCUGGAACAAACGAACGACGAUAUCAGCAACAGGAGUGAGCAGUACCUGUCCUCGAGCUUCAACAGCGACAAGUACAGCUCCAACACCAGCCUGAACAUGUCCUUCAAGAACUUCUACCCGACUGGAAGGAGCAGCACAGGUCCGGACUCGGGGAAAAAGCCGAAGAAGCCCAAGAAUUCGAUAGAAGACGAUGAAUCUCCCCCUCUUUCCCCCAGAAUCAAGGGCGUGGUGGAAAAGUCCGACUCUGUGUCGUACGUGUUGGAUUUGGACGAGAGUCCCGAAGUGGUGGCCACCAGGUUGGUCAGGAGGAGUUUCAGGAACUCGUUGAACCACAGGAACGCCCCUUCCAAGUCGCCUGGAGUCAAGAAGCCGAGGAACAAGGGUAACCCGCUCAGCCAGAGCUCGUCGGCCAGUUCCCUGAUAUCGUCAACCAUCGAAUAUCAGAACAGAUCGCGUUCGGUCUCAUCGAGAAACGCAGACAACGAUUUUUCCGAUUUUAACUUGUCGGACAACAGCAGUUCGCCGUCUCCCUACCACUAUUCCAACCAGAAGCUGGACAGUUCCCUUGGAAACGUGAAGGCGGACGUUACUGAUUUGGAUUUUUUAGACGAUCACGUUCUGGAUUUGACCCUGCCUGCUCUGCCUUCAGUGUUGGGGGACAACACGGGGCUUCAGCCUCUACCCAGGCCGAAACACCUCGCCGGAGAAGCGCUGGUCUCCGAGAGUAACUCAGAAGACGAGUGCACCAGUUCCUCCAGCGGACCCUUAUGAGACCAACUGUUCUAAGUCAGCAUUCCGAUGAGUUGUGAUUUUUGGAUACGUUGAGGAUUUUUAGCGUCUCUCCGUCUCGCUGCUGGAGAUUGAGUGCGGCAUUUAAUAAUCAACCAUUCCCCAACUUCGCAGAGUGUUCAAACACCCACGUCGCAAAUUUUACUUCGAACUUUAUUAGAUUUUAUCCCAAGCGAUUGACGCCCGAGAAUUCCAUCUUAUUGCGUUUUUUUUGUUGUGAAUUUUAUUCUGACUGUAUAGUUUUUGUAUUCUGUUUACGACUUGUAUAAAACUUUUAUUUUUUAAUUAUUAAAUGAAUUUUGAAUAAUGAGGACUGAAGUGUGUUGUCAGUGGGUCUGGAGUGUAGGUGAUAAAUUAUCAUCCAAUUAUGUUAAUUGGAAUAAGGGAGAGAGUAUGAAUCGAAGAAACAAGAAGAUUUUACCCUAAAUUAUUUCUAAUGUGUUUUCUUAUUUUCGUAUUCGAUUCGUAUGGAAGUUACUUAAAUUUCACCUGAUAUUACUGGUUGCAACGAGUAUUUUUGUAACAAGAAAAAUGAUGUUAUCCAAAGCCAUUAUUUGUUUAGUGCUGUUAUAAUAGGGUUGAGUUGUUUUUUAUAAUUGGCCGAUGUAUAUUGAAUCAGAAACUUAUUUAUUAUUGUCUGAAAGAAGAUGUAUGUAAUUUUUCGAUUGUUAGGACCAAUAGAUUUGCAUAUUUGGUAUUUAUUGUAUAUUAUUAUUGAACAUUUUCGAGAGAGAACUUAUCGCGUUAUAUAAUAAAGUUACUAUGAUUCAACUA